AUGCCCCUCAAGAUUAUCAUCAUAGGAGCUGGCAUUGGUGGCUUAACUGCGGCAAUUGCUUUGAGAGAAGAGGGUCAUGAAGUUACUAUUUUCGAACAAACCCAAUUUGCCUCGGAAUAUGGGGCUGCGAUUCAUAUUCAACCGAAUGCGAAUGGAAUAUUGAGAAGAUUGGGUGUAUUUCUAGAGGAGAGCGGCGCGAAUUCUUUGGAUUGGAUGACAGAGUACACAUCAUCAGGUUUGUUGAAUCGAACUAUGGAUCUAGUCGAGGCAGACAAGCAAUGGCAUCAUCCCUGGUUUCUAGCCCAUCGCGUACAACUUCACUCCCAUCUUAAAUCCAAAGCCCUCACAUUAUCCCCCCCACACCUUCCCAUUACCCUCCUCACCUCCCACAAAGUAACCACUCUCGAUCCCACCACAUCCACCGUAUAUUUCUCAAAUGGUGAAUCCUUCACUGGCGAUUUGAUCAUCGGCGCAGACGGUGUCCACAGUCUCACUCGUUCUUUUGUGCAACCUCCAGAAUGCAAAGUCUCCCCCUUCGCCUGUGGGAAAAGUGCCUAUCGUUUUCUUCUCUCCCGUUCCUCCGUUCUAUCUAAUCCCAAAACCGCAAAAUUCAUGCAGAAAGAUGGGGAAUUGAUCAUGUGGUUUGGAACGGAUCGGCGCGUGAUAGCUUAUCCAACUUCUUCAAAUUCUUUACUUAAUUUCGUGUGUUUACAUCCUGAUGCAUUAUCUGAGAAUACCGAUAAUGGAGAAGGAUGGGGAAAGGAAGGUGAUAGAGAGAAUCUGUUGAAGAUUUAUGAUGGUUGGGAUAAAGAUAUGUUGGAACUGUUGAAAAUGGCUCCUUUGUCUGAUUCUUCAGAUACAAGUACAACUGGAACGCUUAAAGUUUGGCGUCUUCUUGAUAUGUAUCCCCUUCCUACUUUUACAAAGGAAAAUCUUGUAUUGCUAGGCGAUGCAGCACACCCGUAUUUGCCUCAUCAAGGUCAAGGGGCCGGUAGCGCUAUCGAAGAUGCUGCUGCUUUAGCUGUUGUUCUUCCGGGCAAUGUGAGGAAAGAUGAUAUUCAAGAACGAUUGAAAUUAUACGAGGAAAUCAGAAUGGGAAGAGCUCAUCGAAUUCAGGAAUUUUCGAGGAUCUUGGGGAGGGAUCCGGUGGAAGGAGAUGAAGUUAUCAUUGAUAUCCGCCAAUUCGUAAACCACAACUUGCAGCAUGACGAAUGGGAUAAUUCGACCCACGAACUCAGAAAAUGGAUGUGGAAACGCAAUCCAGAGCUAUCUACUUACUAUUUGAGACCCGCUAGUUUCGGACCCCUUCCCUCUUCCGAUCUUCCUCAUCAAUAUACAACCAACUCCAUUUCAAAUUCCCACCUUAACCCAACCCUCACGAAGACCACCGCAACACUAACCUUCACCACCUCACGCACCCUCCUCCAAAACUUCUUCCCCAUCGAUUCCAACAACUUUCGUAUUAUCAAUCCUGGAUGUAUCUCCACCGCUUCUUGGCGCUGGACUCGCUGGGUAUUCAAUACAUCCGAAACAUCCGAGAAUGAGAUUGAGAAUGAGAAUUCAGAUACCUCUCCAGAAACAUACGAACAAUUUUGGUUUUGCAUCGAAGAUGUAGAGUACACUACCGACGAUGGAAAAACUCUCAAAGGAAAUUUUGUACCGAUAGUUUUUGAAACUACUUCUAUCUACAGAUCUACGACGCAAGUUAUUAAGAGUGAUGGUGAUGCUGAGAGAGAGGAAGAUCUGGAGAUAGGUACACAUGAACUCCGGAUUUUUAGUCGAGAGACGGGCCAGAGGAUUGGGAAUUUCACGCUUGAGAAUUUGGCAGAAGUGGUGGAAGCACAGGAAGAUGGAGAUCAAAAACAAGCACAGAAUAAGGAUGAAGAAGAGAAAGGUUUCUUAUCAUGGAGAUACGACGAUGAUUUUUCUCUUGCAUCUCCAAAUACAAGUCCAUCACCCCAAGGAAAAAUACACUACAUACCCUCUCUAUCUCCUCCCCCCUCUUCAUCACACACCAUCAAAAAAUCAGCAUCUACAUCCCCAAACUCAUCCUUCAUCUGCAAACAACACAAAGAUCCCCAUAACAACAAAACCACGCCCGAAACCCAGUGUUUCUCAUCGAGUCCGGAAUUUGCACCGCGUCAUCUCGAACAUGGACAGAAGGGAAGAGAUAUCAUAGAACAUAUGGUUGAGAGAUUGGGAGAAGUAUCUUGUUAUGGGGUUGUAGGGGCAAGGAUGGAGGUUGAGGUUCGGGAGAUGGGAGUCCAAGGAGAGUAGUUGUUUAUUCAUCCGUGAAUCAUGAUGCUUCUACGAGCGGGCUCACGUGGAAACUUCAGUCUUGAGUCAAAGUAAAAGUAAAAGAGCUAGAUAUUCUAACUUUCAAGGGAGUUUUGCUUGAGAAUUUCGAAUUUCGAAGUGAACUGGGUAUGUUGUGUAUAUCUGUAUACGAUUAUUGUGUACAUGGGAUUGUGAUUGGGAUUGUAAUAAGGAGAUUUCAGAUUUGUAGAUUUUGAUAUACAAAUAACAAAACACUGAUUGACUGCUU